AUGAAGAGAGUUCUUUUGGUAAUUUGCAAAGUUGGCCAACUCUUGAGAUUCAGAGCAUUGAGGACUAAAGGUCAUGCAGGAGCUCAUCCGAAUCAACCCACAAGUCAUAGUGCAGCAGACUUAGUCUGGGCAGAGAAUCAGUUGAUAAAAUGGGACCAAGAAUCUCAUUUUCCGGAGCUCAUUCAGGAUCUCAUGAACAACAAAGCAGUGACCAUCAACAGCGCAGCAAUGAAAAAGUUGCACCCGUUUCUGGAUGAGGAGAGAAUUUUAAGGGUCGGUGGCAGAUUGGGACAUCUGGAUGAUGACUACAACACCAAAUAUCCAAAAAUUCUCCCACGCAGUGAUUUGACAAAGCUUAUCAUCCGAGAGAUGCACUUAUCACUAUUGCACCCCGGGCCACAGCUAUUGCUAGCUCAUUGUCGAAGAAGGUACUGGCCAAUAGGUGGACGUCAUAUCACAAGAAACGUUGUCCACAUGUGCAAGGCGUGCUUCGUGCACAAAACUUCUCGAGAAAACCAGAUAAUGGCAGACUUGCCUAAACACCGAAUUUCGUUGGUAAGGGCAUUUUCCAGCGUGGCCAUUGAUUGCUGCGGGCCAUUCUUUAUUAGAACAGGCGCCGAGUCCCGUGGACGCACUCAAAGGAUCGACAUAGUUGUCUUUGUAUGCACCUCAACCAAGGCAGUCCACCUGGAAAUUGUAAGCAGUUUGUCAUCAGAAGCAUUCAUGAGCAGCUUCAGACGAUUCACUUCACGUAGAGGAGUUUGCAAAGAAGUGUUCUCAGAUAACGGAAGGAAUUUCCUAGGAGCAUCACGUGAACUUCAACGUCUGUUAGCAGAAGAAGCUCAAACCAUUCAAGACCAAACAAUCAACCAGAACAUUACCUGGCACUUUCAACCGGCUCGUUCUCCGCACUUCAACGGAUUAGUCGAAGCAGCAGUGAAGUCAGCAAAGACUCAUCUCAAGAAAGUUAUUGGCGAGCAACGACUAAAUUAUGAGGAAUUUUACACAAUUCUUACACAGGUCGGAGCCGUGUUGAAUAGUAGGCCGAUCACCAUUCUGUCGGACGAUCCCAGAGAUCCACAACCAUUGACUCCGGGUCAUUUUUUGCUUUUGGCACCACCGACUCAGCAGCCUGAUGAAAAUCUUGCAUCCGUGAGGAUGAACCACUUGACAAGAUGGCAAUUGUGUCAGCGGAUUGUACAAGAUUUUGUGAGAAAGUGGAGGCUAUCCUACUUGCACACACUUCAAGAGCGUUCGAAAUGGCACACGGUGAAAGAGAACCUGAAGGUGGGUGACAUAGUGAUCUUGCACGAUGCUUCCAUAGGAACCACCAAAUGGACAACAGGAAGAGUUGUUGGAGUUCACACUGGAGGAGACGGGAAGGUGAGAGUCAUCGACAUAAAAACCCCGACAGGAACCUAUACCAGGUCAGUGACUAAAGUUGCCAAAUUUCCAACAUGUGAGAGUCACAAUCUCCCCCGGGAGCAUGUAUAG